GUGGAGCCUAGGUUGGUCUGACUCGAAACCAAACAGCUCUUUAACAGACAGGUGGGCAGACCAGAGAUUGAUCAUGACUGAUCCGGUUGUGUGUAGUUUUAUCACCAAGAUCCUUUGCUCCAUGGGAGGCAGCUCAAGUUAUCAGGAGAUUCUUCCUGUCUUGGGGCUCCCCGACCACCAGUUAAGGCAGAUCUUGGAGCAAUCUGGGGAGGAAAGAUUUCUGGUCAAUGAGCAAGGCACCUUGUCUCAGGUGCUGGCAAUCUCUCCGGUGCGUCUGUGUCUGAGGAAUGAGUGUGAUGGGUGCGAACGUCUUCAUAUUUGCAAGAACUACAUCAAGAAGAAAUGUUUCAGGCCUGCUCGUGGCAGAUGGGCUUGCAAGUACUCCCAUGAUAUUUUAUCAGAGGAUAACCGAAAAGUUCUGAAGAACCAUGAACUCUCUGGCCUCAAUGAGAAUGAACUGCGUGUUUUACUUCUCCAGAAUGACCCCUUCCUCCUACCUGAUGUGUGCAAUGCCUACAACAAAGGGGAGGCAAGUUGCAACCAGCAAGAUAAUUGCGCCAAGCUCCAUAUUUGCCGGUACUUUCUCAAAGGACAGUGUCGGUUUCCCCGAUGCAAGAGAUCUCAUUGCCUUAUGGAUCCAAAAGCCUUGAAGUUGCUGCUUGCAGAAGGAGUGGAUAAUGAGAUGGCUUUUAAUAUUCAAACAAUCUGUAAUUACAAAACGAAUGCAUUGGCUAGAGAAUUAGGUGCAAACAAAUACACUUCCUCAAAGCUCAGACCUACAGCAAAUCAAGAAAAGUCUGGAAAUCUGGGUAAAUCCGUACUUGAGCAGACUUCCGGCUGGAAUGCUUUCAUGAACAUAGAUCCAAACCAAGGCAUUUCCUCAAAGCCCAGUCCUAUAGCAAAUCAAGAAAAGUCUGGAAAUCAGAGUAAAUCCGUACUUGAGCAGACUUCCAGCUUGAAUACUUUCAUGAACAUAGACCCAAACCAAGGCAUUUCCUCAAAACCCAGACCUAUAGAAAAUCAAGAAACUUCUGGAAAUCAGAGUAAAUCUGUACUUGAGAAGACUUCCAGCUUGAAUACUUUCAUGAACAUAUACUCAAACCAAGGCAUUUCCUCAAAACCCAGACCUAUAACAAAUCAAGAAACUUCUGGAAAUCAGAGUAAAUCUGUACUUGAGAAGACUUCCAGCUUGAAUACUUUCAUGAACAUAGACUCAAACCAAGAUGUGAAAACAGCUCAUUGUCCUAAAUCUCUUCCAAAUGCAGAGAAAGAGAAAAUAGAUGAGAUAUGUCUAUAUUAUCUCUUUCAGUUCUGCAAGCAUAAAAAUAACUGCAAUAUGGUCCAUUACCAUUUGCCUUAUCGAUGGCAAGUAGAUAGUGGAAAUGGUUGGAACGAUUUGCCCAAUGGAGGGGAAAUAGAAAAAGCCUAUUGUGACCCAAGUUUAACCAGUGUUUUGGACUUGGGCAUCGAUUUCGGGACUAUGACCUCUUCAACUGGUCCAAUUCGACGUCUGUCCACUCCAUCAUCAGUCACCAAACCUGCUAAAUUUGUAAUGACAACAAAAUGGCUUUGGUACUGGAAAAAUGACAAGGGCCAAUGGAUUGAAUAUGGAAAACCGGAUGGAAAAGCCCAGGGCUCCAACAUAUGUUCUGAUGAUCUAGAGAAUGUAUUUCUAGCAGAUCCAAAGGGCAGCAUCCAGUUCCAAGCAGAUUCACAGAUGUAUAUUAUCAGCUUUAAAGACAUGACCCAGAGGAAUGUACACUACCAAACCAGGAGAGAAGUCCGGAGACGCCCCAAGUUUGUUUCUUCUGAAGAUGUAAAGACGAAGAAAGGGCACACCGCCUAUUCAGCUCAAGUGCCUGCUACCACCCCACCUCCAUCACCCAACUAUCCUAGCCACUGGGACAAAUCAGCAUUACCUUCAAUUGGAUUCAAGGCUAUUGAACUCACCAAAGGAUUACCUGAAUACAUUAAAAUUGAGACUGUCUUUCAAAAGACAAUGGACAAUUAUGUCAUCAAGAAAAUAACAAGGAUUCAGAACCCAUCACUUUGGGAAAUCUUCCAGUGGCAAAAAGAUCAGAUGAAGAAGAAAAAUGGAGGGCAGGAUGUUGAUGAGCGACUCCUGUUCCAUGGGACAAACACUAAUAAUAUAAAAGCCAUCUGCAAUGACAAUUUUGACUGGCGAAUUUGUGGGACCAACGGAACAGUAUUUGGAAAAGGGAGCUACUUUGCCAGAGAUGCACGGUAUUCUCAUAACUAUUGCCAGCGUGAUGAAAAGAUAAAGGUGAUGUUUGUGGCUCAGGUCCUGGUUGGCAACUUCAUUUUAGGCAACGCAAAUUACAGUCGUCCACCAGCAAAAUCAAUUGGAUUGCUCCAGUAUUAUGACAGUUGUGUGGAUAAGAUGAUGGACCCAUCCAUCUUUGUCAUUUUUGAGAAGCACCAGAUUUAUCCUGCCUAUAUGAUUUAUUAUAGUGAAGAAGAAAAGAAAUGCAUUUUAUCAUAAUUG